AUGAAUCCUAAACACGGAGCCUACAGCCGUGAGGGUAGCCGUGAAGCCCAGAUCGCACUUUCUGCUCUUGCGCGCACCCUACACAUGAGCCCGCUAGUACUCAAGAUUGCUCUUUCUAAUGCUUUCGAUCUGCUGGAAACCACUGGCGGCAAUCCAACGCUCGCGCUGCACCUAAGCUUCAAUCGACUGAACUACUACAUCGACAGCAUCACUCUGGAUAGGGUCAUCGCCGCUUUCCGUGAUGCUUUUGCAUUCAUUCUCAGUGACAAGAAGGGUGAGUGCAACACGAGGCGGUGA